AAUAUAAAUCAUUAAAUCUCAAAACUUUAUUAAGACAAAUAAAUUUUAUAUUUAAUUUAACGAAAAAUCAGGGAUUUACUAAUGACCAGUUCCAUAUCUGGCAUUUCUAAACAUUGUUAUCAUUUUUUUGAUAGCAAAAAAUUACCAAAAUUAUUAAGAAUACAUUGGAAAAAAUCAUCUGUUUCUAACAGAUUAAAUUUUACAAUGAAUGCUGAUGAAACUCCAAAUUGUCAAUUGAAUAUUGACAAGCAAUAUAAUCAUGUAAAAUAUCUACAAGAAACAGCACCUGGAUUUCCAAUUGAUGCAUCAAAAAUAACACUAAUAAAAGAGCCAAAAGAUUUUUAUUCGACAUUAUUAAAAAAAUGUGAAAAUUCGAAAAAAAGAAUAACAUUGGCAUCUUUGUAUUUAGGUACAGGACCACUUGAAAAGGAUUUGGUUGAGUCUAUGAAAAAAGCUGUUAUUUCUACAAAUGGAAAUAUUGAAAUAAACAUUCUCUUGGAUUACAUGAGAGGAUCACGAGGAAAAAUUAAUUCACGAAUGAUGUUAAAGCCUCUUCUUGAAGAUGACAAUGAUGGACCAGAUAAUUGUAAAAUUUAUCUUUAUCAUACACCAAAGUUACGUGGUGUUUUAAAAUCUGUAAUGCCUAAUCGAUUCAAUGAACUUAUUGGCUUACAACAUAUGAAGAUAUAUAUUUUUGAUGAUUCUCUUAUUAUCAGUGGAGCCAAUUUAAGCAAUGAUUAUUUUACAAAUCGUCAAGAUCGUUAUUUACUCAUUGAAGAUUGUAAAGAUCUUUGUGAUUUUUACAGCAAAUUAAUUAAACGAGUAGCUGAAUUUAGCUUUCGACUUUUGCCUGAUGAUACAACAGUAUUUGAAAAUAAAAUAUCACAACAUCCAUUGACAAGUUCACUUGAACAAUUUCGUUGUUCAGCACAGGAAAAAAUUCAAUCAUUGUACCUUGAAGAAUUAAAUAAAUCGAAGAAACAAUUACAUGAAAAUUCUAGAAAUGAUACAUGGGUUUUUCCACUAAUUCAAAUGGGUCAAUUGGGUAUACGUUAUGACAGUGAUAUAACUUUAAAUCUUUUAAAAAAUGCACAACCUGGUUCAUUACUAAGACUUGCAACUAGUUAUUUUAAUUUAACAUCUGAUUAUUCAAAUGCUCUGUUAAAAAAUUGUCAAGCUUCUUGUGAACUUUUAACUGCUCAUCCAACAGCUAAUGGAUUUUUCAAAGCAAAAGGUGUUGCUGGUGGUAUUCCAGCAGCAUAUACUAAAUUAGAAAAAUCAUUUUUUAAAAAAAUUGAAAAACUUGGCUUGGAAAAUAGAAUACAACUUAGAGAAUUUAUAAGAUCUGAUUGGACAUAUCAUGCUAAAGGACUCUGGUAUACUUUACCACAUGAAAAAAAACCCUCAUUAACUCUAAUUGGAUCUUCUAAUUUUGGAUAUCGAUCUGUUGAGAGAGAUUUGGAGACUCAAAUUGUAGUUGUUACAAAAAAUAAAACACUUCAAGAUAAUUUAGAAAAUGAAUACAUGAGAUUGUACAAAAGAUCAAAACCUGUUGACAAACAGACACUCCAUCAACCUGACAGGAUUGUUCCAGCUUGGGUUCGUGCUACAACGACAUUAUUUCGAUAUUUUUUUUAGCUAAAUUACUUGUAUAAAUUUAAUUAAAUUUUGU